AUGCUGUUGCUGCGUCCUAGACCCCUGGACUUCAUUGCAAUUCCCCUCCUCACCAUGCGUGCUCUUCUCACCAUGCAUGCUGCCCUCACCAUGCGUGCUCUUCUCACCAUGCAUGCUGCCCUUGUUGGUCUCGUCCUCCCAGCUCCUUCGCUCGUUUCUGAACCCCUCUCCCUCCUUUCCUCCCUGUCCUCCCCCUCAUCUCUUUCCUCUGUCUCUUCCCUUUCCUCCUCCUCUUCCAUCUCUGCCCUCUCCUGCAUGUCUUUCAUUGCUUCCCUCCCCCCCAUCUCCCCCAUCUCCCCCAUCUCCUCCUUCUCCUCCCUCUCCUCCCUCUCCUCCCUCUCCUCCCUCUCCUCCCUCUCCUCCCUCUCCUCCCUCUCCUCCCUCUCCUCCCUCUCCUCCCUCUCCUUCCUCUCCUCCAUCUCCUCUCUCACCCCCCUCUCCUCCCUUUCCUUCAACUCCCCCUUCUCCCCCCUCUCCUGCUUCUCCUGCUUCUCCCUCUCCCCCCCCUCCCCCCUCUCCCCCAUCUCCUCCCUCCCCCCCUUCUCACCCUGCUUCUCCCCAAUGCUACCCUCCUGCUCGUUUGCCGCGACUGGUUGGAAGGCAAUUGAAGAAAGGUCAUCAGGGGGGGAGGAUGGGCGUGAAGAGGGGGAGGCGGAGGAGGAGGAGGAGGAGGAGGAGGAGGAGGAGGAGGAGGAGGAGGAGGAGGAGGAGGAGGAGGAGGAGGAGGAGGAGGAGGAGGAGGAGGAGGAGGAGGAGCGAAGUGGUGGUUAG